GGGACUUACUGACAACACUACAUUCUGUCGCCGAUUUUGAAUUCCUGAAAUCAUGCCAGGACACUAUCGAAGCAUAUAUUUUUCGCAACAUCUCAGAUGGAGCCACUAUGACACCCCGAUGCGAAAAACUGUACAUAGCACACCCAGCAACUCACCACCACUCAACUCUAUCUCCUCAUUCCAUUGCUACCAACGACACCUUCGUUUAUUAUUUCUAAACACACGAAUCUAAUUUACUAAUGCACCUUUGCCAUGCCCCCACUGUACCCGUAAAAAUGAGGCUGAAGUGGGGGUCCAUCAUCCAGCCAGAACAUGACAAUGGAAAUAGACUACGCACAUCUAUCCUACUAUCCUGAUCGCGAGGAAUCCGCAGCGCGGACAAGUUAUCGUUUGCAAAAUGAGCAGAUCCAGAAUAGUCUUCCCGAUGGUUUUCCCGUGCAGCUGAAUUCGAAGAUGGUCUGGGAUAGGAAUAGUCUAUCGAUCGAUGAGCACGAGAGUAAUGAUGGGACGGACUGUGUGCUGGCGCUGGAUGAAGCGCAAUUGGCCGAGAUUGACGCCGCUGUGAAGCACUUUGAAGCCCUGAACCUACCCCCCUCAAACCUAGAUACAUCAACAUUUCCCCUCCCGAACCUGCACCCCAUUCUCCGCCGCGCAUCCCAGAGCAUCCACUCCGGACACGGCUUUACCCUUCUCCGCAAUAUCCCCGUCGACAACUACACCCGCGCGCAAAACAUAAUAAUCUACGUCGGCCUGGCCUCUCACAUCGGCCCCAUCUUCGGUCGCCAGGACCACCGAUACCAGAACCAACCCGCAGACGUGAUGUUGGCGCAUAUCACGGAUUUCCGUGAAAAGAGCGCUAAAUCUGGUGCGGAUGAGAAGAAGUUCUCGUUGGCGGCGUAUACUGAUGGAGAAGUUAUUUUCCAUACGGAUGUGGGUGACAUUGUUAGUUUGUUUGUGCUUGGUGAGCCCAUGGAGGGCGGGGAGAGUUUGGUUGCCAGUGGGGGGAGGGUGUAUAAUGAGUUGGCGAGGGUGAGACCGGAUCUCGUGCGGGCUUUGGCGGAGGAGUGGUCGAUUCCUAGUGCUAAGAACGAUACCAUCCACAAACGCCCAUUGCUCUUCUACCAGCCACCCACAGACACUACACCCGAGCGUGUAAUCAUCCAAUUCUCGCGCCGCUCCUUCUCUGGAUUCGGCAACGUCCCGCAAUCGAAAUAUCUAACCGCAGCGCAAGCAGAAGCCCUCGACGCGCUGCACUUUCUAGCAGACGAACUUCAUAUCUCCAUGAAGUUGCGGAAGGGCGAUAUCCAGUUUAUCAAUAAUCUGGCUGUUUUGCACGCAAGGAGGAAUUAUGUUGACGACAGUGAGCAUCGGCGACACCUGCUGAGACUGUGGAUGAGAGAUCCGGAGAAUGCGUGGGAGACACCAGAGGAGAUGAAGGGGAGAUGGGGGAGGAUUUAUGGGGUGGGGGCGUCGAAUGGGCCACCGGUGUUUCCUUUGGAGGCUGCUACUAGGUCUGUGGGGGUGGAUAAAGGUGCUAUUUAGACGGUAUCUAUACCGAGUACUCCUGUUGCACGUGAAUUCAUAAAUCAAUUGCUAGUUAGUCGUAAGUCAUUCCUAUAUGUACCCCC